UCUGUUCUGGAUUUCUGGACCCUGACCCAAGCUUUGCCUCAUGACCACCAAGAAUUGCCUGCCUCUCAAGCUAAGUUUGCUCUCUCUGUCCUCCUGUGUAUGACCUCUGCCUGAUUAUCAUUUUAUUCCCUGGGUGUUGCCUCUUGGAUCUCAUUGUGGAGAUCCUCAUUGCUUCCACAGCAGCCUGUUCUACCUGGUUACCAGCACCUCCCUGUGGUCAGACCCUUGGUUUCUCUGCUCCACCUGUCCACUGCACUGCAGAUUUUUUUUUAAUCCCUGUACUAAUGGCUUGGACAAAAGAAUUGAUUUUCUGUCUCUGGAAAUGGACAAGUGUUAUGGUUUUCAUCUGGCUCUCUUUACUUCUCUGUGCACCAGGAAAUGGAUUGUGGAUUAUCUUGCCAAUAGAAGUAAAUGUGACACAGAAGUUUUAUCAGGCUGAGAAGAACCACAACAUCACACUGGAUUUCACCUUCACCACCAAACCAAAGUGCUUACAAGAUGUCCGGCUUGUUCUUUGUGACCGAAAGGAGGUUGACCAGGUUUUAUACCAUUAUAUUGAAGUUGAUGGUGACAUAGCAUCAGAGUCUCUGGAUGAACAGUUUUCAGGACGAGUUUUAUUUGACAAAGACGUCCUGAGAAAAGGACGAAUCAGACUCCAUGUAUCCAGACUCAAGAUGGAAGACUCUGGAUUUUAUAUCUGUAAAUUGAGGAUUGGCCAUUGCCUGGGCUCGGACACAUGUAACCUUGUUGUUACUGACAUGACCACCACAGUUCAUCCAUCUGAACUCCCAUCAACCAUCAGCCCUCCAGCAGCGAGUCGGGGAAAGACAGGAUUAGCUUUUGUGAUACCAAUAACAGUAGUGAUUAUUCUGAUUAUUUGUUACUUUAUUUAUAGAAAGAAAAAUAACUCUGAAAGACAACCUCUACGAUCAAGAAGACAAACUGUGCCUUCUUGACUUGUUUUAUGGUAUUUGUAUAUUCUAAUAUGUUUUGUGGGCUUUAUAUGUAUUAAUUUGGGAACUAGGAUCAAUUUAUAAUCAUUUUUAUUGUGGAUCAAAGUAACAUAGCUGAAGCUAAAACGUAAAAUAGCAAUGACUCUUUUUUUUCUGGGUCUUUCAAUAAACUCUUAAAGCUCUUUAUAAUAUUAAAAUAUCACACAGUAGCUAUCCUGGAUCAAAAACAGAUUUGUUUGUUUUUUCCACAUGGAUUUCUUCCCUGCAAAAGGAAAGUGAUUACUUCAUUAGAGUUUGCACUGAAAUGUUUUCAAUGAUUAAAAACGUUUAACUGGUUCUGUUAGGAAGUUUUUGCUCCUUUGUGUCUUUUCAAUAAAAUAAAUGUCAAAACAUGCAGAAUAUAAAUAAACUGUACAACAAGAACCUUUUAUAAUAUAAUGGUAUGUGAAGGUUUUGUUAAAAGUUCAUGAUGGUAAAUAAUCUUUUACAUCCAAUCAGAACAAUCAGCAUUAAUAUCGAUUCAGCUGAAGUUGGUGUCACAAGAUUCACUGUAAAAAAAUAAAACA